AUGCCUGCUUCAGACCCUGGCGACGAAUUCAACUAUGAUGAUUUCAUCGUGGACAUCGACGGUAUCCAAGCCCACGGUAUCGGUGCAGCUGAUAUCACCAAACUGAAGGCCAAUGGCUUCUACACUGUGGCGUCCGUCCAUGGUGCCACCCGCAGAACACUCUUGAAGAUCAAGGGCUUCAGUGAGAUCAAGGUUGAGAAAGUCAAGGAAGCUAUUCAGAAGUGCCUGCCCUCCGCCUCUGGCUUCGUAACUGCAAUGGAACUCCACCACCAACGCAAGAAAGUCGUCCGCAUCUCAACGGGCAGCAAGCAAUUCGACUCCAUCCUAGGCGGCGGCUUCCAAAGCAUGUCCAUAAGCGAAGUCUUCGGCGAAUUCCGCUGCGGCAAAACCCAACUCUCCCACACAAUGUCCGUAAUCGCCCAACUCCCACGCUCCCACGGCGGCGCCGACGGGAAAGUAGCCUACAUCGACACCGAGGGCACAUUCCGGCCCGAACGCAUUGCGCAAAUUGCCGAACGCUUCGGGAUGGAUCCCGACGCUGCGCAGGAGAAUAUUGCGUAUGCGCGUGCGCUCAAUUCGGAGCAUCAGUUGGAGUUGCUGAAUACGUUGAGUCGCGAGUUUGCGGCGGGGCAGUAUCGGUUGCUUGUUAUUGAUAGUAUUAUGAAUUGUUUUCGGGUGGAUUAUUGUGGGCGGGGGGAGUUGGCGGAGAGACAGCAGAAGUUGGGGCAGUUUUUGAUGAAGUUGGCGCAUAUGGCGGAAGAGUUCAACGUCUGCGUCUUGAUGACCAAUCAAGUCCAGAGCGAUCCCGGUGCAAGUGCACUCUUUGCAGGUGCCGAUGGCCGCAAGCCGGUUGGUGGGCAUGUCCUCGCCCAUGCUUCGACGACUCGGGUGCUUCUGCGCAAGGGCCGGGGUGAUGAGCGAGUGGCAAAGAUUCAGGACUCCCCUGAUUGUCCCGAGCGUGAGGCGACUUAUGUGAUCACCAAUGGCGGUAUCAAUGAUCCUGACAAGGUGUGA